AUGACCGUCCAACGGAAGAAGCUGGUCGUCGUCGGACUUGGCAUGGUUGGCAUUGCCUUCAUAGAAAAGGUGCUCAAAUACGACGCGCGGACGCGCGAGUACGACAUCACAGUGCUCGGCGAGGAAUCACAUCUGGCCUACAACCGCGUGGGCCUCACAAGUUUCUUCGGCCACCGCAAGGUGGAAAACUUGUACCUCAAUCCGGCCGAAUGGUACACACAAGCGCCCGAGGGCGCACUCGGCUAUCACAUCAACUCCAAAGUCGUCUCCAUUGACUCGGCCUCGAGGACAGUCACGUGUGAGAAUGGCAACGUCGUGGCGUACAAUGUCCUGGUCCUGGCCACGGGCUCCGACGCCAUUCUACCGAGACACACACCCGGCCACGACGCCACGGGCGUUUUUGUCUAUCGCACAAUCGAGGACCUACAACGUCUCAUCGAGUUUGCCGGCGUGAAAAAGGACUCGGUGGGCGCGGUGGUGGGCGGCGGCCUGCUGGGUCUCGAGGCGGCCAAGGCGAUGAUAGAUCUCGAGUGCUACAGUCAGGUGAAGCUCGUCGAGCGGAACAGAUGGGUUCUCAGUCGUCAGCUGGAUAGUGACGCGGGGACCAUGGUCGUGCAGCAGAUUCGAAAUCUGGGACUCGACGUCCUCCUCAGCAAAAGAGUCGCGAGCAUCAAGACGGACGAAUCGAACAGCGUGACCGGUGUCGUCUUUGAAGAUGGCGACGAGAUGGACUGCUCGACCAUUUGCUUCGCCAUUGGUGUGCGGGCAAGAGACGAGCUCGCCGUCCAGGCUGGCAUCGCCUGCGCCGAACGGGGCGGUGGCAUCCUCGUCAACGAUGACCUCAGCACGAGCGUGCCGGAUGUGUACGCCAUUGGCGAAUGUGCCAGCUGGCAGAACCAGACGUUUGGACUCAUCGCCCCGGGCGUGGAGAUGGCGGACGUCUUGGCGUUCAACUUGACGCAGGCCAGGCUACACGCGCCAAGGAUAUUCAAGCGUCCGGAUCUGAGCACCAAGCUGAAGCUCCUGGGCGUCGACGUGGCCAGCUUUGGCGAGUACUUUGCGGACCGUGACGGGCCCCGGUAUCUCCCAGCCAAGUACACUCGCGCUCUCAAGGCCACAGCCAACGGCAAUGGCAACAUCAGCAAGCAGCCCCCGGACGCCAUGGUCAAGUCUCUGACCUACAAGGAUCCCUUUCAGAAUGUGUACAAAAAGUACAUCUUCACCACAGACGGCAAACAUCUACUCGGUGGGAUGAUGAUUGGCGAUACCUCUGACUACGUCAAACUCGUACCCAUGGUGAAGAACCAGAAGGAGCUCGAAGUGGCCCCGAGCGAACUCAUCCUUGGGGCCAGAAAGGACGGCGAUGGUGACGAGGACCUCGACGACGACACACAAAUCUGCUCCUGCCACAACGUCACAAAGGGCGACGUCGUGCACGCUGUCAAAGACGGGACAUGCACCGACUUGACCGGCAUCAAGACAUGCACCAAGGCCGGCACGGGCUGCGGAGGGUGCAUGCCUCUCGUCACGACCAUCUUCAACAAGACCAUGCUGUCCAUGGGCAACGAGGUCAAGAACUACCUCUGCCCGCACUUUCCCUACUCCCGCGCCGAUCUCUACAACAUCAUCAUGGUCAAGCGCCUGACCAAGUUCCAGGAGGUGAUGCGCGAGGCCGGCCACGACCGGGACAGCCUCGGGUGCGAGCUGUGCAAGCCGACAGUGGGCAGCAUGUUCGCCUCGCUCUGGAACCGUCACGUCAUGGACAAGCCCACGCAUGGCCUGCAGGACACCAACGAUCGCUUCCUGGGCAACAUUCAGCGCAACGGCACCUACUCGGUCGUCCCGCGCGUGUCGGGCGGCGAGAUUACGCCGGACAAGCUCGUCGCCAUUGGCGCCGUGGCCAAAAAGUACAACCUCUACACCAAGAUCACGGGAGGCCAGCGCAUCGACAUGUUUGGCGCCAAGAAGCAGGACCUCCUGGACAUUUGGGGCCAGCUCGUCGCCGCCGGCAUGGAGUCCGGCCACGCCUACGCAAAGUCGCUGCGCACCGUCAAGAGCUGCGUCGGGACGACGUGGUGCCGCUUCGGCAUCGGUGACAGCGUGGGCAUGGCCGUCCGCCUCGAGGAGCGCUACAAGAGCAUCCGCGCGCCGCACAAGAUCAAGGGUGGUGUCAGUGGCUGCGUGCGCGAGUGCGCCGAAGCGCAGAACAAGGACUUUGGCCUCAUUGCCACGGAAAAGGGGUUCAACAUCUUUGUCGCCGGCAACGGUGGCGCAAAGCCUCGACACUCCGAGCUCCUCGCCAAGGACGUGCCGCCGUCCGAGGUGGUGCCCAUCCUGGACAGGUACCUCAUGUUCUACAUCCGGACGGCCGACAAGCUCCAGCGCACGGCGCGAUGGCUGGAGAACCUGCCGGGGGGGCUCCAGUAUCUCAAAGAGGUCGUCCUCGAGGACAAGCUGGGCAUCUGCGCGUCACUCGAGGCGCAAAUGCAGGAACUCGUAGACAGCUUCUUUGACGAGUGGGCCGAGGCCAUCAAGACACCGGCCAUUGCGGCCAAAUUUAAGCAGUUUCAAAACACACCAGAGACCGUGGACAACAUGGAGGUGGAGCAGGACCGCGGGCAGGACCGUCCCGUGUUCUGGGCCAAGGACGCCGCCGCCGAAGACUUUAAGGGGUUGCGCGAGCGCUGGUCGAGCACGACGUGGCAGCCCGUCAUUGAGGCGUCGUACUUUGACGGCGCGGACGAGAGCCCCAAUGGCAUCUCAGCCACCAUCAAGCGCGGCGACACGCAGCUGGCCCUGUGGCGCUUCCGGGGCCGGUACUAUGCCACGCAGCAAAUGUGCCCCCACAAGCGCGCCUUCAUCCUCUCCGACGGCCUCCUCGGCCAGGAGCCACGCGGCGACGACGACAGCGGCAGCGGCGCGCCACAGCCUGCUGCGCAGGCGGGACCUACCAAGUCGCCCUGGGUAUCGUGCCCUCACCACAAGCGCAACUUUGACCUGUCGAGUGGCGCCUGCAAGACAGACGAGAGCCUCUCCAUUGCGACCUUUGCCGUGCAGGUGCGCGACGACGGGUUGGUGUACCUCGACCUGCCCCCUGUGGAGGAGCUGGACGCGGAACUGGGCACCAAGAAGUGGAUGGUCAAAAAGGGCGAGGCGGGCGAGUCGCCGUACGCACAGCUGGAUCGCAGGAUUCAGUUCAAAGGGAUCAGAGGCAAGAAGCCGUCUGCCAUGCCGCACGCAGCCACCGGUAUGCAGCGUCCGGUGGCACUCAUGGCUGGUGGUGGUGGUGGUGGUUGCGGCAGCGCGCCGGACUGGUAG